UUCAUAAAUUCCUAUAUAAAUGACGGAGUCAAAACGAAAUUAAUUGCCAUAAUUACAACAACCAAUACAUCUGAGGGGGGUUUCUGCAAAUUGCUCGAAUGAAGAGAUCUUAAAGUCAUAAAUUACAAUUAAGUCACUGUGUUAUUACUAAAUUACAAGCAAUCGUAUGUAACAGUGAAUUCCGCAAUCACUCUCGUCUUUUUCCCCUCACUGCAACUCUGCAACGGCAUUGUUCUCUUCAUUCUCUCACCUACAGUUGAGACUCACAGAGAGAGAGAGAGAGAGAGAGAGAGAGAUGCGAUACAGGGGGUGUGGUUAUUGUGAUCUGGUUUAUAAUGGGUACAUUGUAGUGGUAGUGAUAGUGAGCUUGUGGAUCAUAGAGGUUCGAGGUUCGAUCCAUGAGUACAAGAACGAAGCAUUCAUUCCUCGCUUCAAUUCAUUCUUCUUUCAUGGCGGCAAUGAGGGACUCUACGCUUCUAAGGUCCAUGACAUUUCCAUUUCCACUUCCAUUUCCAAUUCCACUUCCACUUCCGAAGAUAAACCCCUCACUGGCAAGUCUUUCAUCAGGUUUGAGUCAAUAGUUUUUCGAAGAACGAAAGAGGCCACCAGUAAACAGAAUGAGAUGCAGCAAAAGACAGGAUUGGUUGAAGCUAUAAUAGUUCAGGUCAAAGACAGGGAUAAAAUUGGAGGUUUUUUCUUACAAUCUGAUGCGAUAUGCUGCACUCCUCCUCUUGCCAAUGAUGGAUCGUGCAACGUUGGAGAGGUUAUUAUCCGGCAAGACCCAGAUAACCCUGGGUGGCCAAAACGGAUCCAAACCUUUUUUGAAGGGAAAAAUGAAGAGGCUGAAAUGGUUAUACAGACUGUUGAGAUCAACAGUACUGGCAUGUUCUACCUAUACUUUAUGUUUUGUGAUCCAGAACUCAAGGGCACAUUAAUCAGUGGAAGAACCGUUUGGAGAAACCUAGAAGGUUACCUACCCGGGAAAAUGGCGCCUCUGAUGACAUUUUUUGGUUUCAUGUCUCUAGCUUACCUUGUUCUUGGUCUCAUAUGGUUUCUUCACUUCGUACAAUAUUGGAAGGAUAUUAUACAAUUGCAUUACCACAUCACAGCCGUAAUUGGUCUGGGAAUGUGUGAAAUGGCUCUCUGGUAUUUUGAAUAUGCAAAUUUCAAUGCCACUGGAAGCAGACCAAUGGGAAUAACCAUAUGGGCAGUUACCUUCAGUGCUGUCAAGAAGACUGUCUCUCGUCUUCUUCUUUUGGUGGUUUCAAUGGGUUAUGGUAUUGUUCGGCCCACCCUUGGUGGUAUAACCUUGAAAGUACUUCUUCUUGGGGCGGUAUACUUUGUGGCUUCAGAAGCCCUUGAGCUUGUUGAACAUUUGGGUAAUAUCAAUGACUUUUCUGGAAAAGCGAGGGUUUUUCUGGUGUUACCUGUUGCUCUGUUGGAUGCCUGUUUUAUUCUUUGGAUCUUUUCAUCAUUAUCUAAGACAUUGGAGAAGCUUCAGAUACGGAGAAGCAUGGCCAAACUUGAGCUCUACCGAAAGUUCACCAAUUGUCUGGCAGUAUCAGUACUGCUUUCUGUUGCUUGGAUCGGCUAUGAGUUGUAUUUUAAUGCAACUGACCCAUUGAGCGAAUUGUGGAGAAGAGCCUGGAUUAUCCCAGCUUUUUGGACUUUGCUGGCAUUUUUACUAUUGGUGUUGAUAUGUGUUCUCUGGGCUCCUUCGCAUAACCCAAUGAGAUACGCUUACUCAGAAGGCGAUGACCUUGAGGAGGAAGGUAUCACGCUGACUGGCACUGGAAUAAAAGUGGCUGGAGAUCUAUCAACCAAGGUGGAAAGAAAGGAAAGAAAGGUGUCAAUUGCAACAGAUCAUGUGUUUGGGCUCGGAGAAGAACUUGAGGAGGACAAGAGAGAAUAAUGAUGGCCCCUUUCUUGUAUUUGAUUGAGUCAUUAAUUCAUAGCUUUGCAUGAGGAUCCAGGGCUUUGUUUGUUUAGAGUUUCACUUAUACCCUUUUGUGCUUAAUGUGAAAAAAAAAAAAAAAUAAUAACAAUAACAAGAAGAAAAUGAAAUAAAAUGCCUCUAUUUGGCCUCUUUUUUGCGA